UGCAUAGAUGCAGUAGCAGGUAGCAGGUGGCAAGAUGAAUAGGUUAAGUUUGGCUCUUCAAAAAUUUGAACAGGCGAUUCAAACGAUCUUUGGUCGCGGUUUUCCUCCAGGACAACUAUGUGCGGUCGACUGCAACGGUUUCCCGAACAAAUCGAAAUCGACGAGUCUCGGUGGUCAUUCUCUAAAGGAAAUUUUCGAGAAUGGCAUUUUAUGGGCAGUUCCAAAACAUCGACGUAGUUUGGAAGCGAGACUUAAGAGGAGAUUCGGAGUAAUGAAAUAUAUGUGGAAGCCACCUAUUAUGAGAACCAAUAUAUUAACGUGUACGAAUUGUGGUCAUCAUUACGAAGCCAACCGUUUAUGCGGACAUUGUUACGAAAAAGUAAAGCUCGAGACUAAAGAAAUGCAAGACGCCAUUCAGAAAGCGUUGGGUCUAAGGCCGGUAGAACAGAAUGUAAUUGUAUUGUACGACGGAGAAAAGGAAUCUAAAACGGAUGACUUUUGGAAGAACCAAAGAGUAGUUGAGUUGCCAAAGAAAAGGCCUUCGUGGUUUCAUCAAAACUUACUGGAGCCAACAACGCAGGAGCCAUCAGAUAAAAAAGACGUUAAACCUACUCAUCUUGCUUAAAGUGCACUUGAAAUCAGGUUUUAAUUUUUCGUAGCCAAAAGCCGGAAUAUAUUAGUCCAAAGGAUAUUCGAAAUAAUCGAAAUUAAAAAGUACUAGAAUGUUUUAUUACAUAAAUAUAUUUAUAACUAAGGUCCUUUAUGCGACAAAAAAUAUUUCAACUACUUUUCGUGCUUUCGUUUGUUGAUAUAAAAAUAAAAUCUUUUGUAAUAGA